UGAUGCUCUUAAUUCGGCCCUGGACAUAGCACUGAUCAGUAUUAUCGGCGAUCUUCUGCUGGAAGGCAGAUCAGAGCAGAAGACCCUGGGUGAGUGGCGGCGGCAGGGGUGUGUGAUUUUCAAACAGAUCAUCAUCUUCCUGUUCCCCAAUGUGAAUCCAGACUAAUAUAGCUGUAUUUAUGGCCAGUAUUCCAUCUGCAAGUGAUUGGAAUUUGAAGACUGAAGAAGGAAAAUCCACAUCACAACAGAAAAUAUGAUCUACAUCACAUCACAACAGAGUUCUAUGUCAUAGCAAUUUAGAGAAAAAGUCAAUAUUAGACAUGAUCAUAUGCAAAUAUAUUUCAUGUAUUGUUCAUGCACUGGGAUGGAUCCUGCCAGUUGCUAUCUGGAAGAGGUGGGGACGUUGCACCACAAGUGCUUGCAGAAAUUAAAGAAACCAAUGUUGUCUUGAAGGAGGUUCGAGAUCUACUGAAACAACAGGUUAAAGAGAUAACAUUUUUGAAAAACACAGUUAUGGAAUGUGAUGCUUGUGGUAUACACCCAGUUCCCAGAACUGGUCAACCUAUUACUGUGGCUUUUCCAAAAGGAUGCAUCCCUAAUCCCUGUUUCUCAGGAGUUACCUGCACAGAAACUUCCACUGGAUUUAGCUGUGGCCCAUGUCCACCUGGGUAUAUGGGAAAUGGAACUCACUGUACUGAUAUUAAUGAGUGCACUGCAAAUCCAUGCUUUCCACGUGUCCGUUGUGUCAACACCUCUCCUGGCUUUCACUGUGAACCUUGUCCUCUUGGUUAUAUAGGAAAACGAGUGGAAGGAAUUGGUUUGGAGUUUGCUAGAGCCAAUAAGCAGAUGUGUCAAGAUUUAGAUGAAUGUGCAAACAAUCCAUGCCCUGCUAACACCGUCUGCACCAAUACCAAGGGCUCAUAUAAAUGUUCUGCCUGUAAGUCUGGAUCAGGAGGCGGAAACCAAAAUUCUGCUUGUAAGACUGAAAGAAGGUGUCCAAAUGGAGAGAUUAGCAAAUGCCAUGAAAAUGCAGAUUGCAUCAUGGAAAGAGAUGGAUCCAUAGCAUGUGUGUGUAAAGUAGGAUGGGCUGGUAAUGGACUGAUCUGUGCAAAGGAUACAGACAUUGAUGGAUUCCCCGACGAAAAGCUGCGAUGCUCUGAUCUCAGAUGCAAAAAGGACAAUUGUGUGACCGUACCUAAUUCUGGUCAGGAAGAUGCUGACAAAGAUGGAAUUGGGGAUGCCUGUGAUGAUGAUGCUGAUGGUGAUGGUAUUCCGAAUGCACAGGAUAACUGCGUCUAUGUUCCCAAUGUGGAUCAAAGGAAUGCAGAUCAGGACAACUUUGGUGAUGCCUGUGAUAACUGCCGCAAUAUUAAGAAUGAUGAUCAGAAAGACACUGACCGGGAUGGGAAGGGAGACAUCUGCGAUGAUGAUAUGGACGGAGACAAGAUCAAAAAUGCUGUGGAUAACUGUAAAACAGUGCCUAACACUGAUCAGAAAGACACAGAUGGUGACGGCGUAGGUGAUGUUUGUGACAGCUGUCCCACAAUUCGGAAUCCAGAUCAGGCAGAUGCAGAUCAUGACUUAGUUGGAGAUCAGUGUGAUACCAACCAGGACCGAGACGGAGAUGGCCAUCAGGACACCCGUGAUAACUGUCCAUCAGACAUUAAUAGCUCCCAACUGGAUACGGACAAGGAUGGCAUGGGAGAUGAGUGUGAUGAUGAUGAUGAUAAUGAUGGAAUUCCUGAUAUUGCACCACCUGGACCAGAUAACUGCAGACUUGUGCCUAAUCCAGACCAGGCAGAUUCUGAUGGAAAUGGUAUUGGGAAUGCAUGCGAAGGAGAUUUUGACAGAGAUAUGGUGAUUGACAAAAUUGAUGUCUGUCCAGACAAUGCCGAAAUCACUCUAACAGACUUCAGAGCUUACCAGACUGUUGUACUUGACCCAGAGGGAGAUGCCCAAAUCGAUCCAAACUGGAUUGUUUUGAAUGAGGGUAUGGAGAUUGUCCAGACAAUGAAUAGUGAUCCAGGACUAGCAGUUGGUUACACAGCAUUUAAUGGAGUGGACUUUGAAGGGACAUUUCACGUUAACACUGAAACAGAUGACGAUUACGCUGGAUUUAUAUUUGGAUAUCAGGACAGCUCUAGUUUCUAUGCUGUAAUGUGGAAACAGAUGGAACAAACAUAUUGGCAGGCAAACCCCUUCAGAGCAGUGGCCGAACCUGGCAUUCAGCUAAAGGCUGUAAAAUCAACAACUGGACCUGGGGAACAGCUCAGGAACUCAUUAUGGCACACAGGUGACUCGGCUAACCAGGUCAAACUGUUAUGGAAGGACCCAAGAAAUGUAGGAUGGAAAGAUAAAACAUCAUACCGUUGGUUUUUGCAACACAGGCCAACAGUAGGAUAUAUCAGGGUAAAGUUUUUUGAAGGUCCAGAAUUGGUAGCAGAUUCUGGAGUUAUAUUGGAUACCACUAUGAGGGGCGGACGUCUUGGAGUCUUUUGUUUCUCCCAAGAAAAUAUAAUUUGGUCUAACCUAAGAUUCCGUUGUAAUGAAACCAUACCAAAUGACUAUGAAACAUUUAGAGAUCACAGGAGUGAAGAAUAAAGCUGGAAAUCACUUUCAAAUGUUAUGGGGUCUAAAUGCAUAAAUACACAGUGCAGGUUCCUCUAACGCAUAUGUUCACGUCCGAAAUAAUAUAUUGCCAACACUUUAAACCAAUACACAUAUAUGUGACUAGAGCAGUGUUCCCCAGCCACUGGGUUGGGAGCUAGGUAUAGCUUUAAGGGGCACUCUGCAUGUGGCUCUCUCUACAAUUAUACCUUAAUGACGAAAUGAAUGGCAUAGAUUUACCAAAUCUAGGCACUAGGGUCAAAACCAUAUCAGUGCCAACUCUUUUGAUUCUUCUUCAUGUCUAGCAAUUGCCUAAUUAAAACAAGCCUAACCUACUAUGAAUUAUAGAGUACAACUCUAUCUGGAAGAAGUUACAAUGACAAGCAUUAUAAUUGUAAGGAUCGGAUAGAUAAAACGCUUAAGUGGCUUGUAUAUAACAGAAAUGCAGAAGAUGAUACUACUGGAGUUAUAGAUAUAAAGCUGGGUUAACAAGUAGUAUUUUGGCCAGUAUUUCGUCCUCAUUUUUGAGUAUCUUAGCCAAAACCAGAAAUGGAACCAACAGAAAAAACUGUUGAAUUAUAUUAUUAAGGGGGAGAUUUAUCAAAACCUGUCC